CCCAAAACGAAAGAGGCUCGCUCACCAAUACCCUUCUAGUUCGCCUUUUCCGUUCCGACUUCGCCAUCACCUGAACUACCGUUCCGCCUCCUUCGUGAAAGUAGCCGCUGCGAAUCUGUAGGCUGGCAGUGGAACUCCGGUUGGUGGUGUCAGGCUCCCCCGUCGCAGCUUUAACCUUAACUCUUUUUCCGGAGUCUGGCUCCUCUUCUGUUCUUUAAUCUUUCAGGCGCGCCUCUUCUCUCAGGCAUUUUUUUAUGGGUGCUGAGAGCGAGCUUACAACUGAAAACAAAGUCACAGAGGAUUCACUUACCCCAACACUUUCUUCUAACCAUGAAGAUGCGGAGCCAAAACUUGAUGCUAGUCCAGAAGAGAUUAGAAGUAUUCUGGAGGUCAUUGCUGCCACGGGGAAGUUCUGGCAUGAUUGGGAUGAGUUGAAGAACAUGCUUUCAUUCCAACUGAAGCAGUCAAUGAAGGUAUUAGCAGAAUACCCUGAAGCUCGGGUAGGCAGCGACACUGAAUUGCAGCAGAGUACCCUGUCUGGCGAAACAUAUCCAGAGUUAGUUAAGAGAUUGGAUGAAGCUCUUUUAGGCUUUAUAGAAGGCCCUCCAUUCACAUUGCAGCGUCUUUGUGAGAUUCUUCUGAAUCCUAAAAGCACAUAUCGCAGUCUUUCCAAGCUUGCUUUGGCACUGGAGAAGAAUUUACUAGUGACCUCUACCCUCACCAGAUGCAAUGAUCCAUACCCUGAAGCUCCAGCCAAAAGGCCAACUGAACCUAAUAAAGUAAUCCCAGAAGAACCACUAGACCCAAAUGAAAACUCUAAUGGAGUUGGUAAUGCAAGCAAUGAUGUGGAUGAAGAAAUGGUUGAUGCAGAGGCUGAUGAAGAAUUUACAAGCAAAGAUGCAGAUAUGAAGGAAGAGAAAACUGUAGAUGAUUCCACAGAAAAUUCAGAAAAAAAUUCGGAACCUAUUCCUUCGGCCGAACCUUCCUCUGAGCUAACAUCAUAAAAUGACAUUAAAUUGCCUUUUUAUGUCUAAAUAUUUGUGCACUGUAAUGAUCUCAUUUAUCCUUUUCAUCUAUGUUUUUAUUCUUUUUUUUUUUUUAAUGAAACUGCUGCUUUCUUGGCCUCAUCUUGUUAUUAUUCGACGCAGUUGAUGGAUGAUGUGAGGA